UGGUCUUGGUAGAAUUUCAAUUGCGAGUGAAGCUUGGUGGCAGAUUUGCAUGUGGUAUAUCCCUUGCAAAUCUAGGUUUAGAUUGCCUGCCUAUGACCCAAAGGCCUUGAUGUUUAUUCGGACUUCAGCCUGCCCAUUGGCUCGAGGUUGGAUAGGGGAUGAAUAA